UCAGGGUCUGCCUUAUCCAAAAACACGCCACUUUCUCCCACUAAUCCGCUGAAAAUCAGUCUUCUUUCUCUCAUUCACAAUCCGUUACAAAGUGUUUUCUAGGGUUUUACUUCCAAAUGGAUAGUUGUCUUUCGAACCACGCGGCGCUCUCUUUUCUCCCGUCGCGUCUGAGGAGACAGAGCGGCGAUGGAGGUGGCGGAGUCGGAGGAUUUUGUCUCCCGGCGAUGAGGAAGUUACAGUAUAGAUCGAUGGUUGUGGUUGCGACGGCGGGACAGAGCAGGUGUGAGCCUGGAAGCAGUCUCAACGCGCCGCUUGAGCUGCGAUCGGCGCAGGGGAGGUUUCUGAGAAGCGUGUUGCUUAAUAAGAGGCAGUUGUUUCAUUACGCUGCUGCUGAUGAGCUUAAGCAACUCGCUGAGGAGCGUGAAGGGGCUUUAGCUCGUAUGGCUCUUAGCUCUGGUUCUGAUGAAGCUUCUCUCCACAGAAGGAUAGCUCAUCUCAAGGAACGUUACUGCAAAACAGCAGUCCAAGACAUUAUGUACAUGUUAAUAUUCUACAAAUACUCCGAGAUACGAGUCCCACUCGCUCCAAAGCUCUCUAGAUGCAUCUACAACGGAAGACUCGAGAUCUGGCCUACUAAAGACUGGGAGCUAGAGUCAAUCCACACCUGCGACGCCCUCGAACUCAUCAAAGAACACGUCAGCGCAGUCAUCGGGUUACGUGUCAACGCAUGCGUGACUGACAACUGGGCAACAACGCAGAUACAGAAGCUUCACCUCAGGAAGGUUUACGAUGCCUCCAUCUUGUACGGUUACUUCUUGAAAUCAGCUUCCCUGAGGCACCAGCUCGAGUGUUCUUUAUCAGAUGUUCAUGGAAGUGGGUAUCUGAAAGGUCCUGUGUUUGGAUCUUCUUUCACGAAGGGCACUUCACAGAUCUCCACCAAGGAGGAGCUGAGGCAUUACAUCACGGGGUUUGAUCCCGAGACGUUGCGGAGGUGUGCGAGGCCAAGGACGGAGGAAGCGAGGAAUCUGAUAGAGAAGCAGAGUUUGGCUCUUUUUGGCGCGGAGGAAAGUGAUGAGACGAUUGUGACGUCGUAUUCGAGCUUGAAGCGGUUGGUUUUGGAAGCUGUGGCGUUUGGGACGUUUCUUUGGGACACGGAGUUGUAUGUAGAUGGGACGUAUAAGCUCAAGGAGAAUGGUAAUGCAGAAGAGCAAGAAAAUAAAAGCGUAUGAACCAGCUUCAUGAUCCUUGAGUGUGUAGUGUGUAUAUAGAGAAGAAGUUUUUGCUGAAUCUGUCAGGCAAUUAUUUCUUGUAUAGCCUUUUGCUUAGUUUGAACUUGUUUCUACGGUCGAAUAAGAAUGUGGUCCUUAUAAAGAAAUAAGGAAUGUUAAAUUUCAUCGGUUUUGUUGUUAUAAUUUUCA